AUGGCUGAGAUGACAACUGCAAUGCUGCCUUUAGCAGGACAAAGCAAUAAUUGCUGGGUAUACAAUGGAACGGAAUGCAACAAUCGUGUGCACACAUCAACUGAUGGGGUAAUCUAUAUGAUCAAUCAGGUCAUCUGCCUCUUUGGAUUGUCAGGGAAUGGGCUUGUCCUUUGGUUUCUCACAUUUAACAUCCAGAAGAACUCCUUCAUCAUCUACAUCUUCAGUUUAGCAGUGGCUGACUUUGCUUUUCUCCUCUGCUGCCUGUUUGUCAUCACAGUUUUUGCUGCUGAAUACUUUGGUAGCUACAAUUUCCCCUUGUGCACACUGAUGCAUAUAUUAUACAAGAUGGAAUUGUUCUUAUACAGCAGUAGCAUGUAUUUUCUGACAGCCAUCAGCACUGAGAGAUGUUGCUGUGCUCUUUUUCCAAUCUGGUACCGAUCUUAUUGGCCUAAGUGGGGGUCUGUUUCUGUAUCUGCAGUGCUGUGGUCCCUUGCCAUAGUGUUUUCUGGCGUUAACAUUUUCUAUUGUUCCUUAUGGGUUGAUCCUGUGUGUCAAAAUAUGACCACAGUAAUCACUGUUGUCAACCUCUUUAUCGUCACCCCAUUCAUGAUUCUGUCUAGCCUUGCCCUGUUCAUAAAGGUGAGGUACUGUUUACAACAACGCUAUGCAGGACACCUCUAUACAGUUAUUUUACUCACUGUCCUCUGCUUCAUCAUUUUUGCGAUUCCCCUCAGUAUACAACUCUUUCUCAGAGAGUUGGGUUAUUGUAAACUCCCUAAAUGUUUUUACCUACUUGCUUCUGUGAACAGUGGUAUCAAUCCAGUAAUUUACUUCCUAGUAGGUAGCCAUAGGGAGAAGCAGUUCAGGGAGCCUCUCCGUUACAUUCUGUACAGGGCCCUGAAUGAGGAGAAAAACUCUACCCUC